AUGAGUCUUCCAUCGUUAGAAAAUACAUCCACAUCCACAAUACCAACAGAAUUAACAGUCUCGCCAUAUUUUCGUCAGAGUCGAGAAUUUAUGGGCGAUACAAAUGAAAGAAUGGUUGUAGAAAAUGCUGGCCAUAAUUCUACUCCUGUUCCAACUGCUAACAUUGUAACUAUUAGUCCUGUUGUUG